AUGCGAGCCCUGACAACGCUGAGCGCAAAGGCGCGUAUCGUCCUCCUGGGUUCGAAAUUCGUCGGCAAGACCACGAUCGCCGAAUGGUUUGUGCAGAAACGGAAAGUGACUGAGCUGCACUCAAUGAAAAGUCAGCAACACGUCCUUAUGUCGCAGGACUUCACAGUUGAUCUGAUCGACACCGACGAGACGGCGCUUCCGGCGCUCAUUAAGAUGAACAUCCGGCGCGCCGACGCGUUCGUCCUCGUCUACGCCGUCGACGACUUCUACUCGUUCGAAUAUAUCCGCUGUAUGCGCGACGCCAUAGUGAAAAUGCGAACCGCCGAUGUUCCGAUAGUCGUCGUCGGUAAUAAGAUAGACAUCACGGAGCGAGAGGUACACCCGGUUGUCGCUGACUGCUUGGUCACCGUAGAGUGGGAGCAUCCGCACGUGGAGGUUUCAGCGCAGAACGGCGACGAAGAACUGACGGCCAUUUUCGAAGAGCUGUUUCUACACCCGGCGCUCAACAACGAGACCCUCAUGACGGGAGUUUUCGGAUCUUCGAAAACGACGAAGUCUAGGCGGAAGACGCGAAGUUCGUUGCCGAAGAGAGACCUCUAUAACUCCAUGCGACUGCGAGCUCUGACAACGCUGAGCACAAAGGCGCGUAUCGUUCUCCUGGGUUCGAAAUUCGUCGGCAAGACCACGAUCGCCGAAUGGUUUGUGCAGAAACGGAAAGGAAACGGAAAGUGA